UCCGCCUGCUGCGCGUGCGCGCGCCCAGGCGGCGCGAGGUCAGGGCCGGGGGAUGUUACUCCGGCUGGUGGGGGCGGCGGGCAGUCGGGCCCUGGCCUGGCCUUUCUCCAAGCUGUGGCAAUGUGGCGGAUGCGCAGGAAGCGGCGGGACGGUCUGGAGCAGCGUGAGGGCCUGUGGCAUUGCUCUGCAGGGUCAUCUGGAGAGACGCUCGCAGCAGCUGGCUCUGCAGGGAAGACUGACUUCAUUUUCCCCAAGGCUGUAUUCAAAACCUCCCAGAGGGUUUGAGAAGUUUUUUAAGAAUAAGAAGAACAGAAAAAGUGCAAGCCCAGGAAAUCCAGUAUCUCCAAAAAAAGAACCAAAGAAUGCUGGCCCUGGAGGAAAUGGAGGCAACAGAGGAGGGAAGGGAAACGACUUUACCUGGUGGAAACGGAUGCAAAAGGGAGACUUUCCCUGGGAUGACAAGGACUUCCGGAGUCUGGCUGUCUUGGGGGCCGGCGUGGCUGUAGGAUUUUCAUAUUUCUAUUUCCGAGAUCCUGGGAAAGAGAUCACCUGGAAACACUUCGUACAAUAUUACCUGGCCAGAGGUCUGGUGGAUCGGCUGGAGGUUGUGAACAAGCAAUUUGUGCGUGUUAUUCCUGUUCCUGGGACGACAUCUGAGAAGUUCGUGUGGUUUAACAUUGGUAGUGUUGACACCUUUGAACGGAACCUCGAAUCUGCUCAGUGGGAGUUGGGCAUCGAGCCCACCAACCAGGCUGCGGUGGUCUACACUACUGAGAGCGAUGGCUCUUUUCUGAGGAGCCUCGUGCCCACUCUGGUCCUGAUUGGCAUCCUCCUCUAUACUAUGAGGAGGGGCCCGAUGGGCACUGGCCGCGGCGGGCGAGGAGGAGGCCUCUUCAGUGUUGGCGAGACAACAGCUAAGAUCUUAAAGAACAACAUCGAUGUGCGGUUUGCAGAUGUGGCCGGCUGUGAAGAGGCCAAACUGGAAAUUAUGGAGUUUGUGAAUUUCCUGAAGAACCCAAAGCAAUAUCAGGACUUAGGAGCCAAAAUUCCAAAGGGAGCAAUGCUCACUGGCCCGCCCGGUACUGGCAAAACACUUCUUGCAAAAGCGACUGCUGGGGAGGCCAACGUGCCCUUCAUCACCGUGAACGGCUCGGAGUUCCUGGAGAUGUUUGUUGGUGUUGGGCCGGCACGGGUCCGUGACAUGUUUGCGAUGGCACGGAAACACGCUCCUUGUAUUUUAUUCAUCGAUGAGAUUGAUGCAAUUGGCAGGAAGCGAGGCCGUGGCCACCUGGGAGGCCAGAGUGAGCAGGAAAACACUUUAAACCAGAUGCUUGUGGAGAUGGACGGGUUCAACUCCACCACUAACGUGGUAGUGUUAGCCGGCACCAAUCGCCCUGACAUCCUUGACCCAGCCCUGACACGGCCUGGCCGAUUUGACCGGCAGAUCUACAUCGGUCCCCCUGAUAUCAAAGGCAGGUCCUCUAUUUUCAAGGUCCACUUGCGUCCACUCAAGCUGGACGAACGCCUCACCAAGGACGCGCUUUCGAGGAAGCUGGCAGCUCUCACUCCCGGCUUCACUGGUGCCGAUAUUUCCAACGUGUGCAAUGAAGCAGCGCUGAUUGCUGCCCGCCACCUCAGCCCUUCUGUCCAGGAGCGGCACUUUGAGCAAGCCAUCGAGAGGGUCAUUGGAGGCCUUGAGAAGAAGACCCAGGUCCUACAACCCAGUGAAAAGACAACUGUAGCCUACCACGAGGCUGGGCAUGCAGUGGUGGGCUGGUUCUUGGAGCAUGCAGACCCUCUGCUGAAGGUGUCCAUCAUCCCCCGGGGCAAGGGGCUUGGCUAUGCCCAGUACCUCCCCCGUGAGCAGUACCUCUACACGCGGGAGCAGCUCUUCGACCGCAUGUGUAUGAUGCUUGGGGGUCGGGUGGCUGAGCAGCUGUUCUUUGGUCAGAUCACCACAGGGGCUCAGGACGACCUGAGGAAGGUCACCCAGAGUGCCUAUGCCCAGAUCGUGCAGUUUGGAAUGAGUGAGAAGCUGGGCCAGGUGUCCUUUGACCUCCCCAGACAAGGCGAGGCCGUGGUGGAGAAGCCGUACAGUGAGGCGACUGCCCAGCUCAUCGAUGAAGAGGUCCGGUGCCUGGUCAGGUCUGCCUAUAACCGGACCGUGGAGCUGCUCACACAGUGCCGGGAGCAGGUGGAGAAGGUUGGCAGGCGUCUCCUGGAGAAAGAAGUGCUGGAGAAAGCCGACAUGAUAGAGCUCCUGGGCCCCCGGCCCUUUGCCGAGAAGUCCACCUAUGAGGAAUUUGUAGAGGGCACCGGCAGCCUAGAGGAGGACACUUCCCUUCCUGAGGGGCUGAAAGACUGGAAUCAGGGGCGGGAGGAAGGGGGCACUGAGCGGUGCCUGCAGGAGAGCCCUGCAUAGCCUGUGGCCGCCAGUGGCGCUGGCAGUGGCCGCCUGUGACCUUUGCUGACGGGGACUUGCUCAGCCUUUGCGGAGCAGCUGUCAAGUAACUGAGAAACUGAUUAAAACAACUGCAAACGGACGUUUCAGAUAAGACCAUUCAAAAUCCACAGAAAAGAAGCGAGACUCCAGCGUCCAGCCACGGAGAUGGCUGAGGGAGCCAGGGUGUGGCCUGAGACCACAGGCCCUGGACGAAAGUUUAGUCAGCUCAGACAGGAGAGGAACUCCACUCUGCUUCUGUGAAGCCCUGGGUGAUGUCUUUUUGGGAGAUCCCAGAUGUAGAGCCGUGAGGAGCUACAUCCUGUUUUCAGUAAACACGACCGAGUCCGUUUCUGUGUCCUUUACAGCUUGCCUCUGAGGUGAUUGCUCAUGGGGUGAGCCUUGACCAGGCACAGAUGAAGUUUAGUGACGAACUCAAGAAAAUGUAAGCCCGCUAGCAAAGGACGGCUGGGUGUGUAAGCUGCUCAGCCCUUAGGAACAGAUGUGCAGUGGAGGACGGAGUAUGGCCGUCCGGCCUGCGGCAGCAUCCAAAAUUCUAUUUCGUUAGACCUGGCGUCUAGCCUUCGGAUUUGUCUGCCUCACUGAUGGUGUGUCAAAUUUAAUUCCCUCUCACAACAGUCCUUUCUUUCUCCAGCAUCCAUGCCUCCCUCCCCCUCCCCUUCCUAUUUUGAACCACAGAGGGUUGUUUUGGCUGAGCCCUCUGGCUCUGGCACAUAUAUACCAGCCCUUCUGUGGUAGGUCAGCUCUUGAGUCAAGGAAGGGCUUUGUGAACUCCAAGCCUCCACGGGCUGAAAGAGGCAGCUUUUUCCUGUUGAUCCCUGGGGCGUGGUGAGGCCUGCUUGUGAGAGCUGAGUGCUCGGAGUCCUUGGGUACAGAUCUCAGGCUGCACCGGCAGUGGCAUUAGCCUGCCUCAGGGCUGCUCCUGGCCCUGGGGAGGAAUCCGUUUGCUCUCUUGACUUUUUAAAAGUGUUUGUGUGCAUAUGAUAGUGUGUUUUCCAUCGCUAUUGUUUUCCAUUUAUUUGUGCUUAUAUCUGCACAAGCAUGUCCACAAACACAUAUGCACACGGUGCACAUGCGUAGGGCAGAGGACAAGCUCUGGGAGUGGGUUCUCUCCACUGUGUGGGUUCUUGAGACCAUCAGGCUUGGCAGACAGUGCCGUGCCCACUGAACCCUCCUGCCAGCCAGUCUACCUUGGUUUUAGAUAGUCUCUUAUUUAAUCUGGCGACAUUUGCAGGCCAGCAAGCUCCAGGGAUCCUCCUGUCUCUGCGCACCUAUCCUCAGUGCUGGGAUUACAGGCUUACCUUUAUGCCUGCAUCCUGUGAACGACAGGGAGCUACAGUUGAUGUUGGUGCUUGUGCAUUGAGCCCUCUGCCGACUCUCUGGCUUUUUCACCGAUGUGAUAAGCUUCCCGGGGGCCUGGCCAGGAGGGUGGGGCUGCCCUCCGCCUCCCAAACCUUUUGUCUUUCUCUUUGGGGCCUGGCUAAGACCAGAUUGGGUGAACUGGGUGCAUUGGCUGGAUGUAAAAAAAAAUGUACCUCUGCUGGGUGUGCAUGGUAGCGCACAUUCUCCAAGUUGUCAUGUUUGCCUCAGAGAUGUCAUCAGGGGACAGAGACUUCCAACUUCCACUGUUUGUAUAUUGUACAUUAUUGAAUUUUAAAAAAAUUUUAUUUCUAA